GGGUUUGCUAUAGCCGCUGACGGCCCCUCGAGGGCACUCACAGUCCACUCAAUCGACAUGUCUGGACGGUUUCUGCGACUCUUCUUGCUUCUGUGUUUGGUGUGUACGGCCAGCGGAGGGCUGAAGAAGAAAUUCAAAAAAAUCCUCCAGAAGGUCGGCCUUCGGAAAACGCACGUUGCAGCUCCUCCUCCUCCUCCUCCUCCUCCUCCUCCUCCUCCUCCUCCUCCGCCACCACCGCCGGUAGUGACGCCACCACCUGAUGUCCCGAGGUUCACCUUGCUAGCCCCAGACCUGCUGAGGGCAGACAGCCAGGAGAACAUCUACCUGCAGGCUGAAGGUAUCGGCGUCCCCAUUGAGGUCCACAUCACCAUCACGGACUUCGCCAGGAUCACCACAUUGGUCACGGAGAGGAUCACACUGGAUCCAGGCAACAACUUCCAUGCCCUCCAAGCUGUGCAGAUACCUUCUGGACCUCUGAACCGUGAUGAGACCAAGAAGAAGUACGUGUGGCUGAGUGUGAACUUUGUCAACUAUCACAAGGAGGAAAGAAUCGUGCUGGUAUCCUUUCACUCAGGGUACAUCUUCAUCCAGACGGACAAGCCUAUCUACAACCCUGGAGAUGAGGUGCGCUUGCGAGCGUUUGUGUCAUCUCCGUCCUUCAAGGCUUUCGACAGCUCUCUGACUUUAGACGUGCAGAAUCCAGAAGGCGUGGUGGUCAAGCAGGUCUUCAGGAGCAGAGCUCCUUACGGCGUCUUUUCAGACUCUUUUCUAAUUCCGGAAUUUGCCAAUGAAGGCACGUGGAAGGUGAUUGCCAAGUUUGACCACUGGAAGCAGAACACCUUUACCUCCCAGUUUGAGGUGAAGAAAUACGUGCUGCCCGCCUUCAACGUCACCUUGACCCCCAGGAAGUCCUUCCUGAGCCUUGAUGACGACGAUCUGGAGGUGGAGAUCUCCGCCAGAUAUCUGUACGGCGAGCCGGUCCAGGGCGCGGCCUACGUGGUGUUUGGAGUGGACACCAACAAGGAGAUGACAAGGUUACCUUCAGUCAAGCAGGUGUCAAAUCUGGAGGGCGGAGUCGUCACUCUGAGCAUGGAUGAGCUCAAGAGGGCGUACCCUGACACGAGGACAUUGGUAGGCAGCUCCAUCUACGUCAAAGCUUCUGUCCUCACCAAGACCGGCAGCGACCUGGUUGAAGCGGAGAAAAAAGGGAUCAGGAUUGUGGGAUCUCCGUACAUCCUGUCCUUUAAGGACACACCAAAAUACUUCAAACCAGGACUCCCGUUUGACGUCACUAUCCAGGUGAGCCACCAUGAUGGUUCCCCGGCUCGUGACGUCCCAGUGAAGGUGAACUUGCUAGAGGCGCCCGUGAUGGUCGGCGUGGGUACAGCCAGGGUCACCAUCAACAUGCCCAGCCUUCGACAUGUCCAAGGCCUUGCUGCCGAGACCACGCUGCCGGGCUUCAAACCAGAGCAGCAGGCCAAGAACCAGAUGUUUCUUUUUCCGUACGUGCCCACGCUAAGUCUGAGCUACCUCUACAUCUCCACCAGCACCAAUACGGCGUCUGUGGGCGACACGUUGUCCCUCAAACUCACCAUCGCCACCGAGCAGAUACACAGAGACAAAAUCAAGCACAUCACCUACCUGGUGGUCAAUAAAGGCAAGAUCAUCCAAGCCAAGCGAAUGGGCGUGUCAGGACAGCUCGUCACCAGCGUAGGGCUGACAGUCACCCCCGAAAUGAUGCCCUCGUUCCGCUUUGUGGCCUUCUACAGCCUUCUGGCAAACGCCCGAGAGGAGGUGGUGGCCGAUUCCAUUUGGGUGGAUGUGAGCGACUCCUGCGUUGGAGAUCUGAAAGUAGGACCAGCAGAUGGCGUACUGCGGGACUACGCUCCCGGGAAUCGCUUCAGCGUCCGUGUGAGAGGUGACCCUGGAGCAAACGUCAGCUUGGUGGCCGUGGACAACUCCGUCUAUCUGCUCCGCAAGGACCGCCUCACCCAGAAGAAGAUGUGGGACAUUGUCGAGCACGGGGACAUGGGCUGCACCCGGGGGGGAGGUCUCAAUGCCAAGGGGGUGUUCAAAGACGCCGGGCUGAUGUUCUCCUCCAGCGCUGGCUUCAAAACCGACUCUAGGGAAGCCUUGCACUGUCCAGUCAGCAACACAAGGAGGCGCUCCGCUGAGCGCUUACAGCGGAAAGCCCAGUUGGAGAGCCACUAUAAGGAGAAGCUGCAGCAUCGCUGCUGCAUAGACGGGCUGCGGGACGUCCCCAUGCCUUACUCAUGCACCAGGCGCUCCCACUACAUCACGGAGGGCUGGGAGUGCAUCCGGGCCUUCCGCCACUGCUGCGCCAUCUACCGGGACCAGGUGUUGGAUACCGAGCUGCCCACCACCCUUGCGCCCACCACCGUCCCACCCACCACGACACCCGUGCCCACUGUUACUCGCGUAGGACAUUUUGGACCCCUGAUCCCCCUUCGAAGAGAAAUGUUUGACUGGGGGCGGAGCGUGUCCGAGAGGUCUUCUAUGACAUAUAGCAGCGUUCUUAAGACUGCUCCUGAUCCAGAAGUACCCGCCAGGAGACCGAGUGUGGUGAAGCAGCCAGAGCCGCCACAAGAGGAGUAUGAGGAGUAUGAGCAGUAUGAGGAUGAAGACUACCUGGAGGAGGCUGAUGUCUACCUGCGCUCAAAGUUCUUUGAGUCAUGGCUGUGGACCGAUGUCAACCUGCCGAGCGUCGCCGACAGUGAUGGGUUGGCGUGGAAGGACGUGACCCACGCCCUACCUGAUAGCAUCACAGAGUGGGGGGUUCUGGCCGUCAGCUCCUCACCUCACACAGGUUUCUGCGUUGCCGAGCCGUACAACAUCAAAGCCUGGAAACGUUUCUUUGUGGACUUGAAGCUUCCGUACUCUGUGGCGAGGAACGAACAAGUGGAAAUUAAAGCAGUGAUCCAUAACUACGGCUACGACGACCUGCAUGUCCGCGUGGUUUUGAUGAAGACGGAAGACAUGUGCAGUAUCGCGUUCAAGGACAGACACACACAGGAGCUGACGCUAGCGGCGGGGACUUCCAAGGCGGUGCCUUACACCAUCAUGCCUCUGGUGGUGGGUAAGCUGCCCAUAGAGGUGAUGGUGGUGGCCCGGGACAUGAUGGGAGGAGACCGCGUCCAGAAGCUUCUACGGGUGGUGAUGGAUGGAGUCCAGAAGACCAAAGUCAGGAGCACCAUGUUGAACCCGUCUGCUGAAGGAGGGAGGCAGACAGUCCAGGUGGGCAAGGUGGACCUGGAGGGUGUGGUCCCAAACUCGGCACCAGAAACAUUCAUCAACGUCAGAGGGAACAUUUUGGCCGACAGCAUCGACAACUCCAUCAGCGACGACUCCCUGGCGUCUCUCAUCCGCAUGCCUGGUGGUUGCGUGGAGCAGAACCUGGGCACCAUCACGCUGCCGCUCAUUGCCACCCUCUACCUGGAACGCACAAACGACUGGGAGAGCGUGGGCGUGCUGCGCAAAGCGGACGCCCUGCGAUACAUAAAGAGAGGCUACGAUAACCAACUGGCCUACAAGAAGAUGGAUGGUUCUUACCCUCCCUACAGGAAGGAAGGUGCCAGUACUUGGAUCACGGCGUACGCGGUGAAGGUCUUCUCCAUGGCUCAUUCAAUCAUCGGCAUCGACACUCAGCAAGUCUGCGACCCGCUCAACUUCCUUGUGGGCAACAAGCACAGACCUUCCACGGGACACUUUGUGGAGGACAAUCCGGUUUACAGCACAACCAUGACUGGCGGAAUGCGGGGUGACGACCCCGAGGCCACCCUGACGGCGUUUGUUCUAAUCGCGCUGGCGGAGGCGAAACAGGCGGGAAUCCGAUGCAGCGGUCAAAACCUGGAGGCGACCAUAGGUAAGACAGCAGCAUACCUGAAGAAGGCCCUGACGAGCACAGGGAGGAGGCCUUACACGGUGGCCAUCGCAUCUUACGCCCUGGCCUUGGUGGGAUUAGGUCCAGAUUUUGACCCCACGACACAUCUCAGAGCAUCGGGUCAAGGCAGCCACUGGCCUGACACACAGAACCACUUGUUCACCCUGGAGGCCACAGGCUACGCCCUGCUGGCGCUGGUCAAGUUGGGUCACAUGACGGAAGCAGAGGCGGCCUUCAAGUGGCUCAACAGUCAGAGGAGGAUCGGAGGAGGCUAUGGUUCUACUCAGUCCACCAUGGUGGUGCUGCAGGCGCUGUCCGAGUACUUAAUCCACACGCCUUCCUCUGAUGAGCUUUCCCUAAAUGUGGACGUCAGGAUAACGGGCCGCCGGGACAUCCGCUACCAUUUCAACCCCAGGACCGCCUAUGCAGCUCAAUCAUCGCGGCUGCCCGCUCAUCUGGACCUGACUGUGGAGGCGACGGGGAACGGGCGGGGAAUACUGGAGGUGGUGACCUACUACAACCAGCUACAUGAAGUGGACGAGAAGAUUCCUUGCAAGAACUUUGAGCUCAGUGUCGCCAUGGAGGAGGCCAGCGAGAAGCCUCCAGCAGACGUGGAGAAGUCCUACCAGAUGACCGUCAAAGUGAGGGCUUUAGGACCCAGCGACGUCAGGCUGGUGGUGCUGGACGUCACCCUGCCCACCGGCUUCACCCCCGAAAACUCCGACCUGGAAAUGCUGUCCAACUCAGUGGACCGUUACAUCAGCAACUUCAAGAUGGUGGACAACCUGAGCGACCGAGGCUCUCUCAUCAUCCACCUGUUUAAGGUCUCGCACAAGGAACCGGAGAUCUUGGUCUUCAGGCUCCAUCAGAACUUCAAAGUGGGCCUUCUGCAGCCGUCUUGGGUCGCUGUGUACGAGUACUACAACCCUGACCAACGCUGCAGUAGGACGUACACGCCCAGUCAACAACCCGACGACCUGACUCACAUCUGCAAGGAAAACGUCUGCCGCUGCACGCAGGGCGACUGCUGCAUCGCCAAAAGUGACGGCGAGGACUUUGUCAAGAAGGAAAGAGAGACGUUUGCCUGCAAGUCUCUACAUCACGUUUUCCAGGUGAAGGUCGUGAACGUCAGCCACAGUUACUACGACAGAUACGACAUGGAGAUCACACGCGUUAUCAAACUGGGCGUGGAGGCGGGAGUCGAAACAGGUCAGAGUAGGGUCUUUAUGUCCCACGGAGGUUGCAGAGAAGGACUGGACCUGAAGAUAGGCUCACAGUACCUCAUCAUCGGGCCCAAAGAGGACAAGUGGGACGUGGACCGUGACAGCAACAGGUUCAUGUACACGCUCGGUAAGGCAACCUGGGUGGAACGCUGGCCUUCGCCUGCAGAGUGCGGCAGGGACCUGCAGGCCAAAUGCACGAGCCUCGACGCCGCCGCCAAGGAACUCUUUGAGAACGCUUGCAGGCUGUAAGACGCUUGGCCUGCUGUGGUCACUGUGGGAAAACACGUUUUUUACACACAAAAAAAAAGCUACAACGUGACUCGUGACAGUGACUUGUUCUUUUGUCAUUUCUUGUUAAAUGUUUGUCUUUACAUUUUAUAAGAUGGCGGGCAGAACUAAUGAUUUUUUUCAUGAAAAAGUACACAUUUAUUGAUGUUACAAAACUAUUCUCCCCAUCUGAAAUCAUAGAGAACUGUUCCAGGGUCAAACUGUAAAAUAUGUAUUUGGUUUACAGUGGUUGUUUUAACAUUCUUAUGUGUCACCUAAGUGUAAACAGCAGUGUCCACAAGUGAGUUAGCAUUCGAUGACUAUACUGUACUUCUCUUGUUGUCAGUUAUCCUUCUUUGGAAUAAAAUCCAGAAAAAGCUGAAA